AUGCCCCCUUCGCCGUGCGCACUGUGCCACACGAAUCGCGCACUCAUUCUGCGACCGAAAGAUCACUCCAAGCUCUGCAAAGCGUGCUUCAUCACCGUCUUUGAGACCGAGAUUCACCACACCAUCACCACGAAUGCGCUCUUCACGCGCGGCGAGAGAAUCGCGAUAGGCGCGUCGGGCGGCAAAGACAGCACCGUAUUGGCCAGUGUCUUGAAGACGCUGAAUGAGCGGUAUGAUUAUGGUCUGGACCUCGUAUUACUGUCCAUCGACGAGGGCAUCAAGGGCUACAGAGACGACAGUCUGGAGACGGUGAAGAGGAACGCGGAACAAUAUGGCAUGGAUCUGACCAUCCUGGGAUACGACGAGCUGUACGGCUGGACUAUGGACCAAGUCGUGGAGCAGGUCGGAAAGAAAGGAAACUGCACGUACUGUGGCGUCUUUAGACGGCAAGCACUGGACCGAGGAGCUGCAAGAUUGGGCGUGAAGCAUGUUGUCACGGGACAUAACGCCGACGAUGUUGCGGAGACGGUUUUGAUGAACUUACUUCGUGGCGACCUUCCUCGCCUCUCGCGGACCACUUCAAUCAUUACAUCAACGCCGUCUGCGUCGAGCGACCCGGCUUCGAAUACAAACAUCAAGCGCAGUAAGCCGCUCAAAUACGCCUACGAGAAGGAGAUUGUCCUAUACGCCCAUCACAAAAGCCUCGACUACUUCAGCACAGAAUGUAUAUACUCACCCGAAGCUUUCCGUGGCAGCGCGCGGGCCCUCAUCAAAAAUCUCGAACGCGUGCGACCUAGCGCCAUCCUAGACGUUGUUCGAAGCGGCGAAGACAUGGCAAAGUUAGUGCCUGGCAGUGAUGAAGGAUGUGGUGGCACAUGCUCCAGCAACAUACCAGUAGCAGAAGAGGAGGAGGGUGGUUGUGGUAGUGCAAAUGGGCGGACAGUUGGUGGAGAUAUGGCGAAUAUGGAGAAGCAACUUGCGCAAAACGACACUGCCGCUGACCAAAAUCUCGAAGUCGAGAUCACGUCUAAGAAGAUCAACGGGGCGGGCAUGCCUCUCGCAACCGGUAAAAAGGGAAAGAAGGGUUUCACGCCACGAAAGUCAACCAAGCAAGUUAUGGGCCAGUGCAAGAUCUGCGGAUAUCUCUCAAGUCAGGAUGUUUGCAAGGCCUGCGUAUUGCUCGGCGGCUUGAACAAGGCAAGGCCAAAAAACAAAAUCGAGAUCGGGUACGAAGUGCAAGAUCUUCAGCAAAGGGAUCAGGGUGCAGAUGGUGUCGCGAAUGCCCUACAGAGAACGAGCAUUGGUGGGGAUUGA